CUCCCACUCUAUACACUUAAUACAUAUUCAUAUAAUGGACAGAUCACCAAAGACAUCAUUGGAGAUGGUCGAAAAGGUCGACCCGGAAGCCAGACUCCAUGCAGCCGCUACAUUCACAACUCCACUCCCAGAGUCUCUUAUUUCUCUCUCUCCAGAAGAAUUUGCUGACCUCGAGAAGAAAACCCGUUGGAAGAUUGAUCUUCGUAUUCUCCCCAUGCUUGUUUUCAUUUAUAUCUUAAACUAUUUGGAUCGUAAUAACAUCGCUACCGCAAGAUUGGCUGGUCUUGAAGAAGAUAUUGGCCUUAAGGGAAGUGAAUAUCAAACCUGUAUUUCUAUCUUGUUUGUGGGUUACAUUCUUAUGCAAAUUCCUGCCAAUAUGUUCCUCAAUAAAAUGGCCAAGCCAUCUCUUUUCCUUGCUGGAAUCAUGACAGUUUGGGGGGUUAUUUCCGCUUGUACCGGUGCUGUCAACAGUUUCGGUGGUCUUAUGGCCAUCAGAGUCUUGCUCGGUGUCGUGGAAGCUGGGUUUUUCCCAGCUGCUCUUUUCUACCUCUCUUGUUGGUACUCUAGAAAGGAAUUAGCAGUAAGAACCAGUAUUCUUUAUUCUGGUUCUUUGAUCUCCGGUGCAUUCUCUGGGUUGAUCGGUGCUGGUAUUACUAAUGGUAUGGAAGGUACCGGUGGGUUAGAAUCUUGGAGAUGGCUUUUCAUCAUUGAAGGUGCCAUCACCGUUGUCACUGUCCCAUUUGCUUACUUCAUUUUACCAAACAUGCCUCACAACACUUCUUUCCUUUCUCAACAAGAAAAGGACAUCAUUAUGUGGAAACUUCGUUCUGAAGUUGGUCAAGAUGAUCUGGAUUCCGAAUCUAGUGAACAAGGUGCUUACAAGGGAGCUCUCAUGCUUGCCUUCAGCGACCCAAAGGUCUGGAUGGUCACCGGUAUCUUGUCUUUUCUUGUCGCUGCCUGCGGUGUUACCAAUUUCUUUCCAUCGGUUGUUCAAACCCUUAAGUUCAACAGAAUUACCACCCUUUGUCUUACCGCUCCUCCUUAUCUUCUUGCUGUGAUCUCCACCUUCUUAUGGGCUAGACAUGCAGACAAGACUGGUGAACGUUUCUGGCACGUGGUUUCUCCGUUGUUCGUCUCCCUUAUCUCCUUCAUCAUUGCAUGUUCUACCAUGAAUACCGGUGCCCGUUACUUCUCCAUGUGUAUCAUGAUCCCAUCCCUUUACUGUUCAUUUACCACUAUUCUUUCUUGGAUGUCGAACUGUGUUCCUCGUCCACCAAUGAAGCGUGCCAUUGCCCUUGCCCUCAUGAACUGUUUGUCCAACUCCACCUCCAUUUGGAACUCAUACCUUUACCCAUCUAGUGAUGGUCCUCGUUACCUCACUGCCUUUGUAUGCAACUGUGCCUUCCUCUUGUGUGCCAUUCUCUUGACAGUCUUGUUACGUAUCCGUCUUUUGAAGUUGAACAGACGUAUUGAAGAUGGUACUAUGAACUGGGAAAAGGAACUUGGUAAGGGUAAUGACGGCUCUAGAAUCUCUCCAGAUUUCCGUUUCUUGUAUUAGUUACGAAUCGACUAUGUAUAUUAAUUAAUUGAUGACUUACGUA